GCUGCCAGUGUAUGUGCCCAACUUUGAAGACUUCAUAGGAAAAUUCAGUGGUGAAAGAGGAGGAGUAGGGGUGGAGCACUGGUUUCGAGAAUUUGAACAAGUAUGUAGCUUGUACACACUAAACGACCAGCUGAAAUUUUUCUGUAUGCGCCGCCUGCUCUCCGACACCGCAGCCAUUUUUGCUAAAACCUCAGGCGCAUGCACCUAUGAGACACUGAAAGCUGACCUUAUUAGUACUUUCACAUCAAAAACAUCAUUAGAAGAAGUGUUUCAAAAACUAAGGGCACGACAUCUCUCGCAACAUGAAAGCAUAACAAGGUAUGUGUUGGAAAUGCAGCAAAUAGCAGGCACCGUAAUUCCAGAGGAAGACUUGGUCAAUAUUAUAAUUGACGGAAUCGAUGAUCCUAUUAAUACGUCAUCCAUACGUUUCGCUGCAAAAUCACUCGAGCACCUCAAAAUCCUGCUAAAAAAAUACGACACUUUUCGCCAAACUCGUGGCGUGACUCCUACACCAGCACCGUUACGCACUAAAACCCCAGCCCCACCCCGCAGCACUGGCCCCUCGCGUCAAUGGGCGCAGAACAACAAUAAUGAACCGGCCAGAUGCUUUAACUGUUCUCAAUUCGGCCAUUAUCAAAGUGCUUGCCCAAUGCCACGCCGCCCCAAGGGAUCCUGUUUUAAAUGCCACCAAAUGGGACAUACACAUCGAGAGUGCCGAAACUUCCAGCCCGUUACGACUGCUGCGGUGCACCAUCUGGGUUCCCAUGGAUUUGAUGAAGAAACUGCUGACCAAAUACUGCUUAGCGAAAUUGAAACGCCGACCCAAACGGAUAAUUAGUGACCGAGGUACCUGCUUCACGUCCAACCAGUUCGAAAAUUUCCUUAAAUCAAAUGAGGUACAGCAUGUACUCAACGCUACUGGUUCACCACAAGCAAACGGACAAGUCGAAAGGGUUAACCGCGUACUUCGACCCAUCCUCAGCAAACUUUCGGACUCUUAUGAUCAUGAUGAUUGGAAUUUGCAUUUACUGGAUGCUGAAUAUGCGUUGAAUAAUUCAGAGCACGCCAGUACGAAGUUUUCACCCUCAGUUCUCCUGUUUGGUAUUGAACAACGGGGUCAUUUAAUUGAUGAACUAACGGAGUUUUUAGACGAGCGUCGUGGAAGUACACGAAAUAAUUUAAGCGACAUUCGGGCUGAAGCAUCGGCAAAUAUAAUUAAAUCUCAGCUUACCAAUGAGGCAUAUUUUCGUAAAAAUCAUAAACCAGCAGCUAAAUAUGAAGUUGGAGAUUAUGUAGUAAUGCGGAACAUUGAUAGCAGCACUCAGCAGAAUAAGAAGUUGAUUCCUAAAUAUAAAGGUCCGUACAUAGUCCAUAAAGUAUUGCCUAACGAUCGCUAUGUCAUUAGGGACAUUGAGGGCUGUCCAAUAACUCAGAUGCCAUAUGAUGGCGUAUUAGAAUCCUACAAGUUGAAGAAAUGGAGUGAGCCGUAAGAAACCGUUGAGGAAAUUUGAAUUACUAAUAUAUUUACACAUAAAUUGAGGUCAAUUUAAGUGUCAGGAUAGCCGAGCUGUAGACAUCUGGUAGAUAAUAAAUACCUUUUAUCUGUAAGCACCUUGCAUUAUGCAAGAACCAUAUUUGUAAGCACCUUGUAUGUGCAAACACCUUCUAUUUUGUAAGCACCUUGAAGUUGUAUGUGAAUUAUAAGAAUCGUGGUAAUAAAAUCCGUGCCGGAACGGCCUUCUGAAGCCAUCCGCCGAACGAACUGGACGUU